GAGAUAAUUGUUGGGGUAGAAAAAAAAAAUUUCCCAUUUGUCUCGUGACACCAACCCUCCAGGAGGAGAGAAAUUUUAAAAUUAAUUUGUUGGUAUUUUAGCUGAAGAUGUCUCUGCGGAUAAAGGCUGUGGUGGAUAAAUUCGUUGAGGAGUUGAAAGAAGCAUUGGAUGCUGAUAUUCAGGAUAGGAUCAUGAAGGAUAGAGAGAUGCAAAGUUACAUCCAAGAACGUGAGCGUGAGGUUGCCGAACGUGAAGCUGCUUGGAAGGCUGAUCUUUCUCGUCGCGAGGCAGAGAUUGCUAGACAAGAAGCAAGGCUGAAGAUGGAGAGAGAUAAUCUUGAGAAAGAGAAAAGUGUCUUAAUGGGGACUGCAUCAAAUCAAGAUAACCAAGAUGGAGCUCUUGAAAUUACAGUAAGUGGUGAAAAAUACCGUUGUCUCAGAUUUGCCAAGGCAAAAAAAUAAGACUUUGUUGGGGUGACAUAAAGCUAAAGUACCUUCUUCACUCCUCCCUUCCCUAAAAGAGGGCUGUUCCUGCCGAGGACUCGCAUUGAAAUUCCUAGCUCAAUUAAUGUACAUCUAGGAACAUGAAUCAAAAUUUAAUUGUUUAGUUGUGGCUUAUUAUUCAUGUCAGAUUUGACUGAAGUGUAAUUACUUGCUCAAUUUUUUUAUACGAUUUUUUCCUUUGAUGA